UGUCUACAUGUUUCCUGGAGCUCCGAGCUGUUGGCUAACAGACGAUCAAUGUCUCAAAGGUUGAUGUGAUGUUUCAGUGCUCUGCAGGACACUGACCUGAGUUCAGCUCAAACUACACACAUCUGACGGUCUGAAUACACGCGACUCUACCUGUUCAGAAUGAGGGCUGCUGAUUGGCUGUCGGUUGUGGCGUUCCUGCUGCUCAUCUCCGCCGUCCGUCCGGACAUCUGCAGCGCCAAACCCAGAGACCUUCCCCUGGAGCCGCGCUGCAUCUACCGCAGCCCCGAGGCCCCCGAGGGCCCCACCUCAGAGCCCGAGCAGGUCCCCGAGUCCACCAACCCCCGAGUGUGGGAGCUGUCAAAGGCCAACAGCCGCUUCGCGCUGUCGCUGUACAAACAGCUGGCGCUCAGCAAGACCCCCGAGUCCAACAUCUUCAUGUCCCCCAUCAGCAUCUCCACCGCGUUCGCCAUGACCAAACUGGGAGCCUGUAACCAGACGCUGCAGCAGAUCAUGAAGGUGUUUGAGUUCGACACCAUCAAAGAGAAGACGUCGGAUCAGGUCCACUUCUUCUUCGCUAAGCUCAACUGUCGUCUGUACAGGAAGAAGGACGAGACCACCGAACUGAUCUCUGCUAACCGACUGUUCGGAGACAAAUCUCUGAUCUUCAACGAGACGUAUCAGAACAUCAGUGAGAUGGUGUACGGAGCCAAACUGCUGCCGCUCAACUUCAAGGAGAACCCGGAGAAGGCCCGGGUCACCAUCAACAACUGGAUCUCCAAUAAGACCGAGAACCUGAUCCAGGACACGCUGCCAUCAGGGGUGCUGGACUCCAACACAGUCCUGGUCCUCGUCAACACCAUCUACUUCAAGGGUCAGUGGAAGAACAAGUUCGACAAAGAUCUCGUGUACGUCUCAAACUUCCACGUCAGUGAGAGUCGGACCUGCUCGGUCAACAUGAUGUACCAGGAGACCAAGUUCAGGUACAGGUACUUCCCCGACGACCAGGUGCAGCUGCUGGAGAUGCCGUACCGCGGAGACGACAUCACCAUGGUGAUCAUCCUGCCGAGCAGAGACACCCCGCUCAGUCAGGUGGAGGAGAGUCUGGACCUGAAGAAACUGACCGACUGGUUGGAUGAGAUGAAGGAAACCACCGUCUCCGUCAACGUCCCUCGCUUCAGGGUGGAGGACAGUUUCAGUCUGAAGGAGAAGCUGCAGGCCAUGGGACUGACCGACCUAUUCAGCCCUGACAAGGCCAGUCUGCCAGGGAUUUUGGAGGACGGCAGUGAUGGUCUCCACAUCUCAGACGCCUUCCAUAAAGCCUUCCUGGAGGUGAACGAGGAGGGCAGCGAGGCGGCGGCAGCCACCGCCGUGGUGGUGACCGGACGCUCCAUCAACUUAAACCGGGAGGUCUUCAGCGCCGACAGGCCGUUCCUGCUGCUCAUCAGAGAGGCGACCAUCAACGCGCUGCUGUUCACCGCCCGAGUGGCCGACCCCUGCAACCAAUAAACUGUAGAGCUGAUGCUGCGCUCAAAAGUACUAAAAAAAUAAUUACACUUUUCCUUUGUAACAACCCGGCAAACAUGGUGACGGUGUAUGACGACGUAAAAUCAAUCAUCAGACCUUAUUUCUCCUCUUCUGUGUUUAUGUCCAGUGACUCCACAUCCUGCGGCGUUAGCUACAUGCUACAUGCUACAGUUCAGAUCAACAGCAUUAAAGUUAGAAUCCUUCAGAUUUCAGUUCUGGUGGAUUUGGAGACACCUUUGGUUACUGGAUGCUAAUCGUAUCGUUCGCAUCCAGCGCAUGAAUGGCGGACCCCGCCACUGACCAUGCAAACUACUAUAUAGCGAGGUAAUUGAUCAGUUUAAAUAUGUGAAUACAACUGAAGUGUCGUGGCAGUGUUUGCCCAUUAUUGCAGCUUCUCUGCCUGCCUGCUGACUAGUCUUCACACACAUUCAAUCACAGUGAUCGGUGUGCCGGUGUUACAGCUGGAUCAAUACGAGCUUAUACUCACUGCUGAGUGUAAUUAUUCUUCAGGAGUUGGAGGCGCUCUUUAUUUCAGGUGAGGCGGCCGCCUCCUGAGCCGAGUUCGCUGGGAAGCUGCAUUGUGGGUAACGAGCGUUGGUAAAGAAAGAGGCGAGUCGGUGCCGGUCGACACUUAAAGUGCUUUAUUUCCUUUGAAGGAGAUGCGACCUGUGAGUGAUCUAGUGGUCAUGGUGAAAGAAGCUUCUUCACAUUUUUCUUAACUAAUAAUCAACCUUUGGCCCCUCCCCUCCCCCACCCCCCACCAACAUGUUUUAGCAACAGAGACAUGCAACAUAAAAGAUCUUCACAUAAAACCUUUCAGGGUCUUCUACUACAGAACGUGUUAAGUACCUCCUCUUUAAAAAAAAAAAAAAAAAUGUACAGUAUUAAAAGUUAAUUUACUAAA